UCAUUCAUAUAUAUUCCAUUUCAACAACCAGCUACCAGCUACAGCUAAAUCAGCAUUCGCCCGAUCAAAACCUCACUUUUAAAAUCUGCUCUGCUCUGCUCGCAUAGCAAUUGAAGAGCAGCAAUUACUCUCAACAUCAUGCUCCAUCAGAAAAUGUCAUGACAACCCCCUCAUCGACAUCUGCAUCGACAUCUGCAUCCACACUCACACCACUCCUCCCGCUAAAUCUAUAUCAUCUGUCGCCUACUAUUCAAAAAUGGUGCGCUUUAAGAUGUGCGGAUAUCGCUACUUUGAAUACCAGGGGUGUUUAUUAUGAAAGUUUGUUGUUUUCUUUUUCUUGUUUCUUUACUUUACUCUCCCGUGUUGCUCUUCUCUUUCUCUCCGUCAAGGAGGGAAUUCAUUAUCGAAAUACCAUUUGCAUAUAGAAUAAAUAGAAUGAACAAAAUCAUCAGCUAACGGAACAAACGCAAGAUAAAUCAAUUCACCAUUACCUCAACCAUCCAAUUCGGUACAUAAAACUCAUCGGUCUUAUUGUCUCUAUUGAUGAUUUUGCCCGUCGCCGCAUCUACACUAUCGAUGAUUCAAGCGGGGUAUGUUUAGAAUGUGUGGCACUCUUACCUCCACCGCCACCAUCCAAUCCCUCUUCAUCCACAACCUCAACCUCAACAUCUAAAACCAACCUCCCCACCACCCAAACACCAGCUCCCAGCGAACCCUCAAUCACCCAGCCUCAAAUCCCCUGGGACACCAUCUCCGAAUGUAAAACUGUACGGAUUCUCGGAGUGAUGGGAACAUAUAUGUCGAUGCCGCAGCUGCAAAUUGUGAAAAUGGGAGUGGUAGAAAGUACAGAUGUGGAAAGGAAAUGGUGGGAUGAAUGUGCGGGGUUGAAGGAUCCUUCCUUGGGGAUUUUGGGUAGGGAUUGGGUGCUGAAUGAGGAGGAGAUUGAAAGGUGGAAGAGGAGAGAGAGGAGGAGGAAAGCUCGCGAGGUUGAAAGAGGGAGACAAGGGGUGCGGGAAGGACAAGGACAAGGAAAGAAGAUGAUUGGCAAUAGAGAGGGUAAUAGGUUAAAAGAUGGAGGUGGAAGAAAGCAAAACACCGAUAGUGUCAAAGAAGAACGGGCAAAACAACAACAAGAGAGGAAAAGAAAAGAUGAUCCACAUCACCUCCUCUCAACCAUUCCCGUCAAACCCCCACGCGAAACCUCCCCCAACAAAAUAAACCCCAAAUCCCCUACCACAGAGAAGAGAAUUCUCCCAAUCGCCCUCUCUGACCUCUCUAAAUACGACACUUUCGGCCUAUAGCCUCUCAAUACUCACGUUAUCAAGUCCGCUUACUUACAUAAUUAGCUCUAGAGUCUGUCUGUCUGUCUCUGUCUCCUCGAGAUCCCAAUUUUCAAUUUUUAAUUAUGAAUCUUCUCUCCCCUGUGUGCGUGAGGAGGAAGGGAGAAGUCUUAAAUCCGAGUUUGAACUUUCAAGAGAGAAAGAGGGGAAAAAAGAAUGAAGGAAAGGAAAAGAGAUACAUGUAUAUAUACCUAUAUAUAUCUACUCCCUAAAUCCUUAUCGACGACUUGCAACUUUGAAUAUGUGGCGUCGAUAGACGCAUAGGCGGAACGGUGUAUAUUUUCUGUUUGUGUUUGUGUUUGGAUCAUCACGGGUUUUAGGUUAUAUAUAAAAAUGAAUGGAUGGAUAAAUGGAUAAAUGAAUAAAUGGCUUUAGAAAUAGA